AUGGCCAAAGUAUUUGACGCCGAGGAAGUCGCCAAACACAACACACCCGAAAGCUGUUGGGUGAUCCUGUACGGGGAUGUCUACGAUGUCACCGACUUUGUGCCCUCUCACCCAGGCGGCUCUAGAAUCAUUCUCCAGCUGGCCGGUCGAGAUGCCACCGAGGAAUACGACCCCGUCCACCCGCCGGGUACGCUAGAGGAAAACCUCAAACCGGAGGCGAAGCUCGGCAGCGUCGAUCCCGCGAGCUUGGAACGGCUGCGCAAGGCCAACCAGGCCAAAGCAGCGGCUAACGUGACCGGACGCACCAACGAGGGCAGUUCUGCAAACGCCGAGGAGCAGAAGCAGGCCCCGCCCCCUCUGGAGACCUUGUUCAACCUCGAUGAGAUUGAAGAGGUUGCCAAGCAGCAGGUUUCUCGCAAAUGCUGGGCAUACUACUGGUCCGCCGGCGAUGACCAGAUCUCCAAGGUUCUCAACGGCCGUGUCUACCGGGACAUACUGCUGAGGCCAAGGGUAUUUGUCGACUGCACCUCAUGCGAUCUGUCGACCACCAUGCUCGGCAACAAGGUCGGCACGCCUCUGUAUGUGGCGCCGGCCGCCAUGGCUCGCCUGGCCCACCCGGACGGCGAGCACGGAAUCGCCAAGGGAAUCUCCUCGUUUGGCGGACUGCAGAUCGUCAGCAACAACGCCAGCCAAACACCAGAGCAGAUUGUCGAAGGUGCGGCUCCCGGCCAAGUGUUCGGGUGGCAGUUAUACGUCCAGAACGACAGGAACAAGAACUAUGCGAUGCUGAAGCGCAUCCAUGCGCUACGCGACCACUACAAAUUUAUCGUCCUCACGCUCGACGCACCCGUGCCCGGCAAACGGGAGCUUGACGAGAAGCAGCAGUUUUUGGAAUCUGGCACAACCAUAUCUGCCGCGUCCGCGGGCGGUGCGCCGAAACAUCCCGCUGGCGGCGGUGUCGGCCAACAGCUAUUCUGGGGCACGGCUGCCGACCUGACCUGGACUACCACCCUUCCCUGGCUGGCCGAGCACACGGAUCUCCCGAUAGUGUUGAAGGGAAUCCAGACGCACGAGGAUGCAUACCUGGCUGCGCAAUACGCCGCCAAGUACGGCACCGUCAAGGCCAUCAUUCUGUCCAACCACGGCGGUCGUGCUCUCGACACUGCCCCGCCGGCCGUCCACACUCUGUUGGAGAUUCGCAAGUACUGCCCCGAGGUGUUUGACCAGAUCGAGGUCUGGGUUGAUGGCGGCAUCAAGCGUGGCACAGACAUCAUCAAGGCCCUGUGUCUAGGUGCAAAGGCCGUAGGCGUUGGUCGUGCUGCGUUGUAUGGGCUGGGCGCUGGUGGUUGGAAGGGUGUGGAGAGGACGUUUGAGAUCCUCAACAGCGAAAUGGCUACAUGUAUGAAGCUUUUGGGGGCAAAGACUGUGGCGGACCUCGGCCCUCACUUUGUAAACUCUCGAAAGGUCGAGCGUGACAUAUAUGAUGGCCCGUCUGGUCUGGACUCAAAGGCAUGGGCAAAGGCCAAAAUCUGA